UUCUGUUUUGUUCAAUGUUGUAUUUGUGAAAGGUUGAAACUAUUUGUUGGUUAAAAAACUGGAAAUUUUGAAGUGUACAAAAAUGGAUCAAAUUAAUAAUUGGAAAACGUUAACAAACUGUGAUUUGAGUGGUUACACUCUUAUUAUACCAAGUGUGGCGGUUGGUAAUGUCGCGCAGCUUGCUUGUGAUUUACUUAUUUCUUCCUUAAACAUGAGAAAAAUAGCGUUAUUAUAUAGCCCGGCAUUUAUUCCCAUAUCCGGAUAUGAUCCUUAUAAGAUUGGGUCGACCUCGAUGUCUGUUUGCUGUGAACUAUAUGAGUGUCCAGAAGCAAAAAUAAUUAUUCUACAGCUGAGAGCGCCGCUAGUUUAUAAAUAUGCAAGACAAUUUCUGAAUGACGUGGUCGACAAAUUCAAGGCUGAAAAUGUGAAAGAUAUAAUAAUUUUAACAAGUAGUUUUGCUCAUGAGAAGAGGCACAUAAUGUCAUCUCAGUUCCGAUAUGUUGUCAAUGAUUUGAGUCCUCACACAAGCAAGUUGAGGAUGUUAGACUGGGCAGAACAUGAACAUAGAGGAGAGACUGUCAAAAUACUAGGAGGAGGUUUUGCUUCAUUACUUUUUGAAAUUAGUAAGGAGAAGUCUGUCCCGUCUUUGGUUCUGUACAAGUUUGCCUCAGAAGGAGACAAUAUACCAGAUGCAUUUGAAAUGGUUCAGUAUUUGAACAUUAUAGUACCACUGUUUGAUGGCCCAGACAUCUAUUCACAACUAAUCCACCCGGUGUCUUGGAACCUGAUGUUUGGAGGACCACCACCAACAAAUAUUUACUAAAAGUUAACGAUAAAUACUAGACAAAAAAUAAAAAUAUUGUAUUUUAUAAAAAAAUAUUUUUCUGA